AUGAUUCAGAUGAAAGAAUUUUCUCCGUCAUUGCUUCUUUGCAACCGUUUCCAAUCCAGCCUCCAAUCUCCCUGCAACUAUCAUUCUGUUCUUUUGGGGCCUUCUUCUCGGCCUUUAUACAAAGGGCUGGCAGAUGGAUAUUUAUGUCUUUCACCAACCUCCCUUCAUUUUCCUUUCAAGACAUCUAUCUAUCUAUCUAUCUAUCUAUCUAUCUAUCUAUCUAUCUAUCUAUCUAUCUAUCUCUCUCUCUCUCCCUAUAUAUAUAUAUAUAUAUAUAUAUAUAUAUAUAUAUAUAAGCUAAUUUCCUAUUCAAAGCCACCUUCAACUUUAAACACUGCCAUCUUUCUUUCCUUCUUUCUUUCCUUCUUUCUUUCCUUCUUUCUUUCCUUCUUUUUUUUCUUUCCUUAUGUCUUGUGGCGUGAAACACUUCUAUCUUCCUUUCUUUCUUUCUUUCUUUCUUUCAUUCUUUCUUUCUUUCUUUCUUUCUUAUGUGGCGUGAAACACUUCUAUCUUCCUUUCUUUCUUUCUUUCUUUCUUUCUUUCUUUCAUUCUUUUCUUUCUUUCUUUCUUAUGUGGCGUGAAACACUUCUAUCUUCCUUUCUUUCUUUCUUUCUUUCUUUCUUUCUUUCUUUCUUUCUUUCUUUCUUAUGUGGCGUGAAACACUUCUAUCUUCCUUUCUUUCUUUCUUUUCUUUUCUUUUCAUUCUUUCUUUCUUUCUUUCUUCCUUUCUUAUGUGGCGUGAAACACUUCUAUCUUCCUUUCUUUUUCUUUCUUUCUUUUCUUUCUUUCUUUUCAUUCUUUCUUUCUUUCUUUCUUUCUUUCUUAUGUGGCGUGAAACACUUCUAUCUUCCUUUCUUUCUUUCUUUCUUUCUUUCUUUCAUUCUUUCUUUCUUUCUUUCUUUCUUUCUUAUGUGGCGUGAAACACUUCUAUCUUCCUUUCUUUCUUUCUUUCUUUCUUUCUUUCUUUCUUUCUUUCUUUCUUUCUUUCUUUCUUCUUUCUUAUGUGGCGUGAAACACUUCUAUCUUCCUUUCUUUCUUUCUUUCUUUCUUUCUUUCUUUCUUUCUUUCUUUCUUUCAUUCUUUCUUUCUUUCUUUCUUUCUUAUGUCUUGUUUUUCUAG